CGCGGGCGCGGGAUGACAGAGCGAUCGGCGGCGGAGGAGGAAGGAGGAGCUGCGGGCCGCUCGCGGGCGGAAUAAGGUGUGUGCGCGUCGUCCCCCCCCCGGCCGAGCUGCUUCGGAAUGGCCGACGAAGAAAUCGCAGCCCUCGUGGUGGACAACGGGUCCGGGAUGUGCAAGGCCGGCUUCGCCGGGGACGACGCCCCCCGGGCGGUGUUCCCCUCCAUCGUCGGCCGCCCCCGCCACCAGGGCGUCAUGGUGGGCAUGGGGCAGAAGGACAGCUACGUGGGGGACGAGGCCCAGAGCAAGCGGGGCAUCCUGACCCUCAAGUACCCCAUCGAGCACGGCAUCGUCACCAACUGGGACGACAUGGAGAAGAUCUGGCACCACACCUUCUACAACGAGCUGCGCGUGGCCCCCGAGGAGCACCCGGUCCUGCUGACCGAGGCGCCCCUGAACCCCAAGGCCAACCGGGAGAAGAUGACCCAGAUCAUGUUUGAGACCUUCAACACGCCGGCCAUGUACGUGGCCAUCCAGGCGGUGCUGUCCCUCUACGCCUCCGGCCGCACCACCGGCAUCGUGAUGGACUCCGGGGACGGGGUGACCCACACGGUGCCCAUCUACGAGGGGUACGCGCUGCCCCACGCCAUCCUGCGCCUCGACCUGGCGGGCCGGGACCUCACCGACUACCUCAUGAAGAUCCUGACCGAGCGAGGCUACAGCUUCACCACCACGGCCGAGAGGGAGAUCGUGCGGGACGUCAAGGAGAAGCUGUGCUACGUCGCCCUGGACUUCGAGCAGGAGAUGGCCACCGCGGCCUCCUCCUCCUCGCUGGAGAAGAGCUACGAGCUGCCCGACGGCCAAGUCAUCACCAUCGGCAACGAGAGGUUCCGCUGCCCCGAGUCCAUCUUCCAGCCCUCUUUCCUGGGGAUGGAGUCCUGCGGCAUUCACGAGACCACCUACAACUCCAUCAUGAAGUGCGACGUGGACAUCCGCAAGGACCUGUACGCCAACACCGUGCUGUCCGGCGGCACCACCAUGUACCCCGGCAUCGCCGACCGCAUGCAGAAGGAGAUCACCGCCCUGGCGCCCAGCACCAUGAAGAUCAAAAUCAUCGCCCCGCCGGAGCGCAAGUACUCCGUCUGGAUCGGGGGCUCCAUCCUGGCUUCCCUCUCCACCUUCCAGCAGAUGUGGAUCAGCAAGCAGGAGUACGACGAGUCCGGGCCGUCCAUCGUCCAUCGGAAAUGCUUUUAGCGGAGCCGGCGGCCGCGGGAGCCUGGUUCUUCUGACCGUUUACGGUUCUAGCUGCUCCGGGGCCCGGGGUGGGGCCGGUCUACGGAUUCCGGCAACGGACCGGGCCGACCCAAACGCCCUCUUGUCUUUAAAUUUAUUUAACGGUUAUUUAUUUAUCGGUCACGCCGCUUAACGAACGCUCUCCUUUCUGCCGUAACCAGUACUCGUUGUUAGAGGUGGCUUAGUUACACUUAACUUGUCUCAUGAGCCGUGUACUUUAGUCGUCGUAGUUAGACGUUUGUGAUCUCAUCUACUUUGGCUAAGGCUUCUGGAAAACUCACACUUUACUGUAAUAAAUAGUCAAGACUUCCCUGGAACUGAAAAAUCUGCAGUUCGUGUUUCUGUUCAAAAUAAAGAUCUGCAAUCACUCUGA